UGAUAAUAUGUUAAAGUGGGUUUUGUUUGGAGUCCUGUCUCCUCUGUUGACAAGAUGGAUCACAGAAAAAUGCAACAAUCCAGUGAUGCCAUGUUUUGUUUUCUACCCUGCCCGGAAAAUGUGUGUGCCACAGUGGGACAAGGAGAAGACUAAACUACUUUUUUUUUUUUUUUCUCCAGCAGCUUCACACAAACCUCAGAAAAUCAUGUUCAAAAGAAGCUCUGAUGGUUUGCAACAAGUGGUUUGAUGGACAGAGCACGUUUGGUUUUCAUUAGAUUGUCUCGACACUGACCCCCUGCCCCAUCUACAGUAAUAUGAAACCAGCCCUCUGGCAGGCGCACUGUGCGGAAGAGCACCGAGCAGAGCUGAUGCAGUCUGCACUGCUUUCACUACCCGGUCCGCAGGCUGGACUGCGCUGCCGCACACAGCACCAGAAGCUACCCAAGUAGUGCCACAUUACCCGAAACGUGCAAUGGCAAAGAAGUAGUGUUCACGGGCAUAGAUGGUAAACCUGUGCAGUCUUCGCUGAGGGAUUAUUUGUGUGUUUUUUGUUUCCUGGAGGUGUGAUAUCGCAGCCAUGGUGUGCUGUCAGACUCCCAGAAGUUUACGCAGAGGAGACUGUGGCUUCGCUCCUCUGCUGGCCGCUGCGCUCCUCAGUCUUCUGUUCGCAGGGAUGCAACAAACCGCAGCGUUUCCCUCCUGGAGGUUAGAGGAAGAAGCUUACACCACUGUGUUGCUCAUCGGGAUCCGCAAAGAGUCCCGGUCACAGGUGCUACACCUCUCCAGGAACAAGCGCUACACCCUCACCCCGGAGCAGCUCAAAUGGGACCAGUUCAAGCUAACAUACAAGUUGCUCUCCUUUCCUACAAACUUGAUAAAUGCCAGCGACACGCGUCGAGGCAUUGCCAGGGCUUUUGGCAUGUGGAGUGACGUCUCGCCGUUCAGCUUCAAAGAGGUGCCAGCUGACCAAGAAGCAGACAUUAAGAUCGGCUUCUACCCCAUCAACCACACAGACUGUCUGCAGUCCUACUUGCACCACUGUUUCGACGGCAUCACAGGAGAAUUGGCUCACGCAUUCUUCCCGCCAACUGGCGAGAUCCACUUUGAUGACCACGAAUACUGGAUUCUGGGAAACAUGCGAUUUAGCUGGAAGAAAGGGGUUUGGCUGACGGAUCUUGUCCAUGUGGCAACUCAUGAAAUUGGCCACGUCCUUGGACUCAUGCACUCCUUGGACCCGAAAGCUAUAAUGCACCUAAAUGCAACUUUGACAGGGCGGAAGUUAAUCACACAGGAUGAGGUGUGGGGUUUGCACCGUCUCUAUGGAUGUUUGGACCGGUUAUUUAUCUGUCCGGCCUGGGCUCGGAAAGGCUAUUGCGACAGCAAGCGCAAGCUGAUGCAGAAGCACUGCCCCUCCAGCUGUGAUUUCUGUUACGAAUUCCCUUUCCCCACUGUGGCUCCCACCCCGACACCCCCGAGGACCAAACACAAGCUGGUCAUUGAGGGCAAGAAGCUCACUUUUCGCUGUGGGAAGAAAAUAGCAUCGAAGAAAGGCAAAGUAUACUGGUACAAGGACGGAGAGCUGCUGGAGUACUCUCACCCGAACUACAUCUCCUUGAAAGACGACCACAUUACCAUAGUGGCCAACGCCAUCAACGAAGGCACAUACACCUGCAUUGUGAAGAAAAAAGAAAAAGUUCUCACAAACUACUCGUGGAGAGUACGUGUGCGCUUCUGAAGGCCACGCCAGCAACCAGCUCCUCUGCACACUGAACAGGACGCUAUAACACACACGGUCACAAGCAGACCUCAUUCACUAGGGCACAUAUUUCUGUUUUUUUUUAUUUUUUUUUAUACUGUCUCCUGUAUCACCCACUUACAACUGUCUAUCGUUGAUUGUCAUUGUGUUAAGGCGUUUUAUUAUGUGCAAAUAAUAAAUGUUCCGUUACAAGUAGACUUUUAGUGAAAAUACUACCUGACUGUGAAAAGCUGUUCCUGAGAGACGUUACAUUUUAUUUAGUGAUGAAAGAUCCUUAGUCUUCGUCAACUGUUUAGGACGUCGACUCUGGAUUCAUCAGACAUGGUUUUCUUCAAAGCUCUCGCUGUUAAGGCAGUAAUGGAGUCCAAGGGAACCCAGGGGUUCUUUGGGUGUCCCCAACAAAAUGAGAACCAACAUAACUCUUGUUUAAUUCAAAAGAUAUAAACAAAGCUGGACACAGGUCUGGACACACUCUUCCACUAUAUACCCUUGGAAAAGGUGUCAUCCAAAACAUAUCCAUGUCCCUAAUGCGUUUCUUUUUAGAGCCCUUAAAGUUACAGAAGCCUUUGCUUAGAUGCAUGCCAUUUGAAUAAUUUACGCACUGACCAAACUAAGCUACAAAAGCCAGAAUAAGCAAUGUUGUCUACAGCCUUUGGAACUAUUUGGACCUUAAACCGCAUAUGGAACACCUCAGACGUCUAGCAUACUUUACUAGCCUCACAGUGAAGCCAGCAGUCUGCCUCCCGAGACUAAGCAGUCAGUUCCACUAGCAGCUCUCUUUCCAAGCUUAUUCAACACAUCAGGUGUAAUAAUCUGUAGAGGGGCUCCGGUGGGGGCAGGGGAUAGAUAAAACUGAUUAAUGAACAUUUCCAUUUAGUGCUGGCUCUAGACGUCCCAAGACGAGGGGAUUUUUCUGCGCCUGUUCCAGUGAAAGCAGCAAGUGGUCUUGCAGGGAAUAAAACUGUACUGUUUAUUUUUCUUCGGCUCAAAAUCAAAGAAUUUAUUGGUUUAAUUCUGAAGACGCAGAGCCAUUUAAAAACAAAGGCUGAGCAAGGUCUGGGCCUCUUUUUCCCUGAAAGAACAAAGUACUGAGACAAAGUGUGCAGUGCAAAGAAUGACAUCACUUUUGGACAGCGACUACCAAGUUGGGUUCAAGGCUGGAUUUUUUUUUUUUUUUUAAGGCUCGACUUCCCUUCAUUUUUUUUCUCCGCUGGCAGUGUGCGGUUGUGUUUGCAUAGCUUGGACAGAGUUUAUAAAUAUAGGGAAGACGGCAGACAAAACAAAGUUUCAAACUUUAUUUCUAGCAAAAACAUCGUCCCCCUGUCAUCGAGUGACCUGACAGUCCGAAGUAACUUUGUAACAUAAUGUUGGAUGGAAACACAGCCAGUGCUGCAUCAUUAUACAGUAGCUCAGGCAGCCAGGAAAUACCAACCAUUUAUAAAAUCUGGUCCUCUCUCAUGAAGUAUAAAAA